UCUUUUAUUAUAUUUGAACCCAUAAGAUAAAAUUUUCGAUCCACCACUAUAUAUGUGUAUAUUUUGAGAACAGGGAGGGGUUGCAGAAAGUCGAGCGGUAGAGGAAGAAGAAGGUGGCUGGGCCGAGCGAUAGAAGGGAAAAGAGGGUGGGGAAGCAAGUGGUUGGAUGACGAGUGGCAAUGAUGGGAAGGCGAUAAGCAGGCUCGAUCAGUGGAGAGGUGGGCGGAGGAGGAGGAAAGGAGCGAGGUGGCAUUGAGGUAAUCGGUGACGGUGUCAUGGGAGGUGGAGGGUGGAGGGAGAGAGGAAAGGAGGUCAUAGAGAGAGAUGGUGGGAUUUUUGAGGAAGUGCUCGUGGAUGAGACUGAUGGAUGCCAUGAUGAUGAGAGAUGGCGGGCCUGGGGAUCCGAGCAUUGGAUAGAUUGGUAGAGAAGAAAAAGGGAUGGUUGUGGCAGCAGGUUUGAGCGAAGAGAUGGAUGGAAGAGGAGGAUGGGGGUGGUAUGAGGCGGCUAACAGAAGCUACGAAGAAUUAGAAGAGAAAUAAUUAAAAAAUAAUAAAAUAUUAUUUUUAGAAAAAAAGUGAUGGUAGGGUAGUAUUUUAAAUAUUUUUAAAAUUAAAUAUUACUAAAGAAUUUAAUAAAGAAGUACUGUAGCAAAUGACUUGGUACUUAGCACCUUGACAUCUGGUUUAAUAACCAAUGAGUUAUUUAUUUCUAUAUGUAUAUAUACACUGAGAACGGGGGGGGGGGUUCUAUCAUAAUUAUACCAGGGAAUAUUUGAAUUAUCAAGGCAUGCAAUGCUACAUUUAAAAGAUGUUGAAUUGACAUGGAAUUGCAUGAUUCACAAUCGACUUUUCAUUAAAUAUUGUUCGGGGGGAACAAAUGUCCAGAAUUUUGUCCUCGAUCACCACCUAACAAAUCCAAGUCGAGCCACGUCCACUAAUUAACCGACCUUGAAUGCGUGUAACACAAACAAAUACACUUCCACUGGUUCAUGUGUAUGUUUUUGGCUUUAUCUGGUCAUCCUUUCCGGUGUGAUAAGGCCCCCAUGCAUGGAUGCAGAACCAAAUGCAACGCAACGUGUCAGAGCCACCCUCGACGAAGGCCGCGUGUAUCCAUCGAUUACGUUUUCUCCUCGUCAUGGCGACAACUGGUGGUAAAUUGAUUCCACCUAUAGCUAUUUAGUGAGAGAAAGGUUUAUAUAUAAAGGGGUGUCUCGAAGAGAUCCGAAAGAGAGAGAGUAGAAUGCUUCUGCGAGGCAGCGGGGUGAUUGGUGGCGGAGCUCUCCGUCUGAAAUCGCGGGCGAUUGAUAAUAUCAAGGCCAUGAGCCGGAGUCCGACGACGUCCAGCUUCUGCGCGGGGGGUCAAGCAGCUCCGUCUCGAUCCGGCGGUGGGAGCAACGAAGAUUGCCAGAGGCGGCGGCCCACCUGGGAUGCGAUGUCCCAUUCUUUUGGGGAGGGGUACUCCACGCGCUCGGAGGAGGAAGGAUUUGGAGGGAUUUAUGGAGGGAAUCAGUCAAUAUCAGAAUCUGGAGAGCUUGACGACCAUCUGGACUAUGAUAAAUCCCAGGGGAGCGAAGUCAAAGAGAAGGAGAAAAGUCGGAACCAAGCAUAGCUGUUAGCAACUUGUAGAUUUACUGCUGAGGUUGUUUUAUGUUCGCUUGUCUUCCGUUCCGUUAGUAGUAAAAUUAAAUACGUCCUAGAGGAGGAACUUGCUGUGUUCAUGUUUGUCCCUUGUACGAAAUGUUGAUGUUCAUAUCUUUCCUUACGGUGGUGGUACCGGUGCUUUUGUAAUUCAAAUAGUAGCUUGUGGUUUGAGUCGUAGAGGUCAGAUACUUGUAUCAUUACUCUUCUUAUUAGGAUAUACUUGGAAUCUUUUUUAUAUUCACAAAAGCUGGGAUAGAUGGAUUAGAGGGGAUUGCAAGUAUAUGUAGAGUAAUAUAUAAGGUUUUUUUGUUGGAAACGCUGUCAUGUCUCUCUCAUUGUGGACCUUGUUUGUGGUUCAUGUUCUCAUUGGUUAUAGGUGACCAACUACUUGUCUGCAGGUGUAUGGUGUUUCAAGCUUGGACUUGAUGAAAUAAUUGAAGUCAUUAGACUGCACUAAACUUU